ACUUUGCUUAACUCUCAUAUAUCUUCCUCUUCAUCUUAAUUUAGUACCGCUAUCAAUAUAUAUAUUUGAUCUCUCCUGCUCCUCCUUCAUAGUACGUAUAACAAGAAAUAUUGUAUAAUACUUAGUCAUACAAAGAAAAUGGUUAAGUUCAAUACUUUCUUCAUCAUGACUCUUCUUAUCUGUUCCACGCUUACAUACGCGUCAGCCAGGCUCAAUCCAACCUCCGUUUAUCCGGAAGAAAUCUCCCUCAAGAAAUUAGAACAAGGAGAGGAAAACUGUGAAGGUGUUGGAGAAGAAGAGUGCGUCUUGAUACGAAGAACUUUAGUUGCUCACACUGAUUACAUCUACACUCAAAACCACAGUCCUUAAAUAUGAUUACUUUGCUUCUGAACAUAUUGUUUGGAUUAUAAUAAUGAUCAGUCCAUAUAUAUCCAUAUACAUAUCUAUCUUCUUACUAUUGCAAUUUAUACGUUCUUAAUGAAAUUACAUCACAUAUAUACACUUGAUUGUAUCUUUGUCAUGCGUAAAAAGUAAAUCAGUUAUAUUGAA